UUCGGUUCUUGCUUUAGGCCUUUUUACCGACAUGAGCGUUGGGGCUGCACCUACUUCUUACUUCCUACUUCUAGGCUUUUUGGUAAAUGGUGGUGUCAGCGGAGGUGCGCAGAGAAGAAGAGACAGAACGAGAGACGAGGUCCGCCCAGAGGGCAAGGCGCGUGUGGGAGAGUUGAGUUUCAUGAGUCACGGAUGUGAUAUAAUUAAACCCGAGAGUUCACCGAUCAGUCACACGGAUUGACAACUUUUCAUCCCGUGUUCAGACGUCUCCCCCCUCCCUUCAACGUGAUAAUGCUCUACUUGUUAACUCGCGCGGAGCUGAUCAUGCGCAUUUGUUGUCCCGCUGUCCGGCCGGUGGGUCUUUGGCUCUUCGCCGCUUUGAAUCAGCGCAUCUUCGCUCUGUGAGUUCCGAGACGCCCUCUGCUCAGCUCUGCUCAGCUCAGCGGACGCCUCUGUUGAGGAUUUUACCACCUUUUAGGAUGGAGGACUUAAAAACUUCGCAGCGUUUUUUCCACAAGUCCUCAUUCAGCAUCAGCAGCCUGUUGUUGAGACGAGAUGGAGCGAUGGGGGACGCGUCUCCUUCUCCGUCCCAGAAACUGCGCUGCGCACAUCCCGAGAACCCCAGUCCAGAGUCAAACUCUGGCACGGGAAUGAACUGCGAAACCCCCAAACUGCGCAACAAAGGAGAAAUCAAAACGGCGACUUCAAAUGGAAAACGAGAAGGAAAUAAUGGCGAAUCGAAGAAAAGCGGUGGAGCAGAAGAAAGCGUAACAGCUAAGAAACCUCCUUUUAGUUAUAACGCGCUCAUCAUGAUGGCGAUCCGCCAGAGCCCGGAACGACGGCUCACGCUCAACGGCAUCUACGAGUUCAUCAUGGACAACUUCCCAUACUACCGGCAGAACAGACAAGGGUGGCAAAAUUCAAUAAGGCACAACUUGAGUCUGAAUAAGUGUUUCGUGAAAGUGCCGCGCCACUAUGAUGACCCGGAUAAAGGCAACUACUGGAUGCUGGACCCCUGCAGCGAGGACGUCUUCAUCGGCGGGACGUCGGGGAAACUCCGGCGAAGGGUCGCAGCCGGCUCCAGAACCAAGCAUGCGCUAAAAGGGGGAGGAGGUCGUCUGAUGUCCUCCGGCACCGCAACCAGCGUGACCCUGGCCGCAGCGGGUUCAUUUUACUGGCCGGUGCCGCCGUUUCUGCCUCUCCAAGCGCCAGUGCGCACUCACCUUGGCGCAGGGACUUAUCUGAGCGCUCACCCACGCUUCCCAAACCACGCCACGUCGAUGGUUUCACAGCGGUCCCGAUUGAGCGCAACACGUGCCGCAGACGCCGACCGGUUCGUGCAGACGCACCAGGAGAUGUCUUACAUUGGGCUCAGUUGCGCGCAAUCCCGACGCCAUCAGAUUGGCACCGCUUGCGCGGCUUUCUCCACGUCCAUCCCCUCAUGCACCAUGCCGCUGUCGGAUCCGUACUCUUUUAACAUGAUCUCCGGACAGGCCAGCUACUUUUACUCUCACCAAAUACCAUGUGCCGCGACGUUUAGUCCGUGCCAAGGGGAGUGCGCUACGUGCAAGACGUCUCCGGGACAAUUCCUAUCCAAGAACGGCCACUCGGACCUCGGCGGGUUCUGUAAUGACUUUCCAAAUUACUGCCCUCAAGUCAGUUCAAGCCCCCCUUCGUCUUGGAAUAUAGAACAAUAGAGUAACAGUCACAGAUCCCAGUUUUCAAGAUUUUAGAGUUUAGAUUAAAAAAGUUGGCCAAUAAAAGGCCAGCGCAUUACACGCUGCAGAUUGGAAUUGCUUUAGUUUAUGAAAAGCCUGGUUCAUGAAAUAAAUCCCGUAAUAUGUCCCCAAUAAUGUCUUUGUAAUAUAGUGACAGGUAUCUUUAUUGAAAUGUGUUUGUACUGUAUCUCUUCAUCACCACAAUGCGUGUUGUGCAAUUUGUGUCAAAUGGAAAGCAAUUAGCUGAAGCAUAAACAACACGAGUCCGAGUCUCACAGACGCUUCUUCGCACAAGCCAUUUCCCAAAUUAUGUAAAAAUAUGUAUUUGCGCAUCGGUUUGUUAUUUUAAAAUAUACGUCAGUGUAUCAGGGCAGGAUCAAAUGAAACAUGGUUUGUUUAUGUCAUAAAUUGCCACUUGGUCUGUAACUGUAAACUGAGAUAUCCCUGUUUUGGAAAUACUGCAGUCCACUUUUCUCAUUAAUUAUUUCCACAUAUAUGUAUGCACUUGCCAGUAUAUAAAUUGAGUGAUGCUUGCGCGCAUGUCACAGUUUUAGGCCUAAUGUCAUCAUCUGAAUUUACCAACAAAAUACCAUAAAAUGUCAUUCUAGAAAUAAAUUAAAUUAAAAACAAAAUCAUCAUUAUGUCUUUUUUUUAUUUCACCAGCAUGUUGACCGAGACUGUUAAUGAAGUUCUGAUAUGUUUAA